UGACAGCUUCAGGUUAGCGGAUGUGCAGUUCCGUUCUGUAACGUGAGUACGCCGAGUGGACAGUGAUACAGUGACCGAACGUCUCAGAUUUCGCCAGCUUCUGAAGUUUUAACGACCAAAAAUGGAAACCUCUGCUACUAACGUGGAAAAGGAUAAGGAGCAUGCCAGCGACAUCGUGUCUUCGGCAGUUUCCACUGAAGCAACGGGUAUGCGACGAGAUCAUGAAUCUAUUGAUGAUUUUGAGCAUUUAGAACCCGAAUCUUCUCCUUUGUCAGAAACACCCGGGAAGCAUAGUUUUGAUGUUAAUCAAGACAUGAAACCCGCUGUCAAUUCUGGCAAGGAUAUUGUUUCUUCUACUAUUGUUGGUAAAGCUGAAAACAACCAGAAUUCUUCAGAGUUUUCGCUUUUGGGUGAUUCAAAGGUAGGAUCUGUCGAAGCCGGCAACACGCCGGAGACACUUGAAGAAAUUCCGCAAGCUGAGUUUUCAAACAAAUUGAUAGAUUUUGAAUCGCAUGAUGAGCAGACAAAACUCGACCCGAAGUUAAACGUGGAGCCUGAAAAAUCCCUCUUUGCAACGACUGAAUCAAACAAGCAGGCUCCCGAAAACUUGUUCGAUCUACCCACACAGGACGGUUCUGGUCUAGAUUUAUUUAACAGAUCUGAAAUAUCACCCAAAGGGUCUGAUGCAAGUGCUAUGUCCCAAGCGUUUAUGGAGAUGGAGAGAGGAGGGAUGCGGGAAGAGAAAAACUUAAGAAAUGAAGAUAUUCUUCAACCUGAAGUGCAGAAUAUAGAACCAAAAACAGACGAAUUACCAAAACAAAAAACUGAGGAAAAGAAGCCAGCGGAGCCAGAGUUUCACCCAGCUUUUGCACACCUGAAAGAUGAAGCCCAUGAUGAUGACAGCUUCAAAGAUACGGAUUCCAUACCAGAACAAAUAAAGGCAGAAGACAAGUUCAAAGAUUUUCCAGAAGAGAUACACGCUUCAAAGCAGGACUUCGGUUUUCCAGAACCCAAUGGACACGGUGAUUUUCAUGUGCCGGCACCAGCUACAAAAGGCAGUGAAGACAAUUCUGCAUCUGACAGGCUAGAGGACAAAAAAGUUAAAGAAACAAAGCCAGAUGACAAUGUGACAAAGCAUGACUUGGAACUUGGAAUUCCUGCCAAAGUAAUGGGAAAACAUAAGUUGGAAGAAAAAUCGCCAGUCAAAACCAAACCCGAAGUAGUACCACCCACAAUUAAGUCGGAAGCAAAGAAAACGCCCCCUAAAGUCGAUGAUGAGCCUGUAAUAGCACCAUUCGCAUUGGCAUCAAUUGGCUUAGACGCAUGGUUUAAGCCAGACAUACUUCAUCCAAAAGUUGUGGAGCUCAUCUACUGGAGGGACCCAAAGAAGUCUGGCAUUGUAUUUGGAAGUGUGCUGGGAAUUUUGCUGUCUCUGACUUAUGUCUCACUCAUCAGUGUUAUUGCUUAUCUCUCACUUGCAAUUCUGACGGGAACAAUUAGUUUCCGUGUUUACAAGACUGUGCUGCAGGCAGUUCAGAAAACUACUUCAGAUGGACAUCCAUUCAAGGACAUACUGGAACUGGAUCUGACCCUGCCGCAAGAGAAAGUACGUGAGAUGACUGACUUAGCUGUUGCCCAUCUGAAUGCAGCAGCACGUGAACUGAGGCGGCUGUUCCUGGUAGAGGACCUUGUAGACUCAAUUAAGUUUGGAGUUCUACUGUGGUGCCUGACAUAUGUUGGGGCGUGAUUCAAUGGCAUGACUCUAAUCAUCAUAGCUUUUGUAGUCUUGUUCACCUUGCCAAAGGUAUAUGAAACAAACAAAGUGCAGAUUGACCAGAACAUUGAUUUAGUGAGGAGGAAAAUAGCAGAGAUCUCAUCAAAGAUUAAAGCAACCAUCCGUGUUGGUGGGAAGAAACCAGAAGAAAAGAAAGAAUAAAUACUUACUUUUUCAGACGAAAUUAUUUAAAAGUGAACUGCAAAAACAGCAAUGAAAUUGGAACAAAACAACCACUUUCUUCUGUGCAGUCAUCAUAUAUAUUACAUGUGUUUGAAUGUCAUCAUCACGCAGUAAUAAAUCUUGACCAACUAA